CGGAGCUGCACCGCUGGGCCUGCCCUGCACCUGCGGAGGCCGGGCGGCGACGGCUGUGAAAAUGUUCAGCGCCAGCCGGUCCUCCAAAGCGCAGUUCCUCGACAAGGCGCGCCAGGCCCGGGAGGAGCGCAGGGAGCUGAAGGAGCGGGAGCGUGCCGCCGUCCAGAUCCAGGCCCUGGUCAGGAGGUUUCUGUGCCGCUGCCGCUUGCAGAGGGAGGUCAGGGGAGAAGUGGAGGAUUUCUUCGGGGCGAAUGAAUCCGCCUCGAGCAAAAGGAGCGCGCUUUGUGUCUUCAGAAUUGCUAGGAAGCUGCUGUUUGUUUUUAAUCACAAAGAGGACAAAGAGAGAUUCGAAAAGCUGUGCCGUUGUAUUCUAAAUAGUAUGGAUGCUGAGAACGAGCCCAAGGUGUGGUACGUGUCCCUGGCGCUCUCCAAAGACCUCACGCUCUUAUGGAUCAAACAGAUCAAGGACAUUUUGUGGUUCUGCUGUGAAUUUCUCAAGCAGCUUAAGCCUGACAUCUUACAAGACUCCAGGCUGGUCAAUUUGCACCUCACGAUGCUCGUCACCUUCACAGACACUUCUACCUGGAAAAUCCUUCGGGGAAAAGGUGAAACCCUGCGGCCUGCCAUGAACCACAUCUGUGCUAACAUCAUGGGGCACCUCAACCAGAAGGGAUUUUACUCUGUGCUGCAGAUUUUGCUAACUAAUGGCUUGGCAAGAUCCAGACCAUCCUUGUCCAAAGGCUCUUUAACUGCCAUCUUCUCCCUCGCGUUGCGACCUGUGAUUGCUGCACAAUUUUCAGACAAUCUGUUGAGGUCGUUUCUGAUCCAUAUCAUGUCUGUGCCUGCUAUAAUGACUCAUCUCGCUACUCUAACACCUGAGCGGCUGGCAGUGAUAGAAUCUCAUGAGCUUUUCCGCAAGUUCAUCCUGUUCUUAAGUCGUGAAGUGCAGUGCCGAGAUGUCUGCGUGUGCUUAGAAGGAAGUCACACUCUGUGUUUGUUGGGUAAUCUUGUGUUCUUGGGCUCCUUGAACGAUAAAGUUCUUGAGGAGGAGACAGCUCAUUUUGUGGGUGUGCUCAUUCACAUGCUCUCCUACUGCCAGAAGUACGUUUCCCAAAAGAAAUCCAAUCUUACCCACUGGCAUCCUGUUCUGGGCUGGUUUUCACAGACUGUGGAUUAUGGACUGAAUGAGUCCAUGCCUCUGCUGACAAAGCAACUGCAGCAUCUCUGGGGAGUCCAUAUGAUUCGCAUCCUCUUCAGUGAUGUGCUCAGCAAGAAAUUGCUGGAGAAUCAGGAAACAGCUCAGCUGCCAGCACAGCCAGCUUCCCCUCAGAACAGCCUCCCUAUGAAGAAUCUUUUCAAGAGAGCUUUCCAGAAGUCUGCAUCUGUCCGCAACAUUCUCAAGCCUGUUGGGGGCAAGCGAGUGGACUCAGCAGAAGUGCAGAAGGUGUGCAGUAUCUGCGUCCUGUACCAGACCACUCUCACAACCCUAACGCAGAUCCGCCUGCAGAUACUCACAGGCCUCACCUACCUGGACGAUCUGUUGCCCAAAUUGUGGGCUUUUAUCUGUGAGCUGGGACCACAGGGCGGGUUAAAGCUCUUCUUGGAAUGCUUGAAUAAUGACACGGAGGAAUCUAAGAGGCUGCUGGCCAUGCUGAUGCUCUUCUGUGACUGCUCCCGCCACCUUAUCACGAUUCUUGAUGACAUAGAAGUCUAUGAAGAGCAGAUUUCAUUCAAACUGGAGGAGCUUGUUACCAUCUCAUCUUUUCUGAAUUCCUUUGUGUUUAAGAUGAUCUGGGAUGGAAUUGUGGAGAAUGCCCGAGGAGAGACGCUGGAGCUGUUCCAUUCUGUCCAUGGCUGGCUCAUGGUCUUGUAUGAAAGGGACUGCCGCAGGCGUUUUGCUCCUGAGGACCACUGGUUGCGCAAGGACCUCAAACCCAGCGUGCUCUUCCAGGAGCUGGACAAGGACAAGAAACGAGCCCAGCUGCUCCUGCAGUACAUCCCGCAUGUCAUUCCCCACAAGAAUAGGGUGCUUCUUUUCCGAAACAUGGUUACGAAGGAAAAGGAGAAGCUUGGACUGGUUGAAACCAGCUCUGCGUCACCUCACGUCACCCACAUCACCAUCCGCCGCUCACGGAUGUUGGAGGAUGGAUAUGAGCAGCUACGACAGCUUUCCCAGAACGCCAUGAAGGGAGUGAUCAGAGUGAAAUUUGUGAAUGAUCUGGGUGUCGAUGAGGCUGGUAUCGAUCAAGAUGGUGUCUUCAAAGAGUUUCUGGAAGAAAUAAUAAAAAAGGUGUUCGACCCUGCACUCAACUUGUUCAAGACAACCAGUGGUGAUGAGAGGCUGUAUCCAUCCCCAACAUCUUACAUUCAUGAGAACUACCUGCAGCUCUUUGAGUUUGUGGGAAAGAUGCUUGGGAAGGCUGUAUACGAGGGAAUAGUUGUGGAUGUGCCCUUUGCUUCCUUCUUCUUGAGUCAGCUACUUGGACACCACCACAGUGUCUUCUACAGCUCCGUAGAUGAACUUCCCUCCUUGGACUCCGAGUUCUAUAAAAAUCUCACUUCGAUUAAGCGUUAUGAUGGUGAUAUCAGUGACUUGGGCUUAACGCUGUCCUACGAUGAAGAUGUGAUGGGUCAGCUGGUUUGCCAUGAACUUGUUCCUGGAGGGAAGACCAUUCCUGUUACCAAUGAAAAUAAGAUCAGCUACAUCCAUCUCAUGGCUCACUUCCGCAUGCACACGCAAAUCAAGAGUCAGACAGCGGCGCUCAUCAGCGGAUUCAGGUCGAUCAUCAAGCCUGAGUGGAUUCGUAUGUUCUCCGCGCCGGAGCUGCAGCGACUGAUCUCCGGUGACAAUGCCGAGAUUGACCUCGAGGACCUAAAAAAACACACGGUGUACUACGGGGGCUUCCACGGGAGUCACCGGGUCAUUAUCUGGUUGUGGGACAUCCUAGCCAAUGACUUCAGCCCUGAGGAGAGAGCGAUGUUUCUCAAGUUCGUUACCAGCUGCUCUAGGCCUCCACUUCUGGGCUUUGCCUACCUCAAGCCUCCGUUUUCCAUCCGCUGCGUGGAAGUCUCUGACGAUCAGGACACCGGGGACACGCUGGGCAGUGUGCUGCGGGGCUUCUUCACCAUCCGCAAGAAAGAGCCAGGUGGGCGGCUCCCGACCUCCUCUACCUGUUUCAACCUCCUCAAGCUUCCCAACUACAGCAAGAAGAGCAUCCUGCGGGAGAAGCUGCGCUACGCCAUCAGCAUGAACACUGGCUUUGAGCUGUCCUAGUUGCCAUGGCCCUGGACUCCACGACAGGGGCUCUCAGAGCUGCUGACUGCUGCUGGAGGUGGAGGCCUUCACGCACAGAGUGGAUCAGCCCUGCGGGAGCUGGCUGCUCGCUCGGAGGCCGGAGAGGUGCAGCUGAUAAUAGAGGUUUACAGGGAAGAGCUGCUGGGCUAGACAGGGCUGGCUCUUCCUGGGCACUUCUCCAUGAUGAAGGAGGUGAUGGGCCUGCCCCAAUACACUUCACUUGACACCCACGUAAAUCAUCUUUAAAAGCAAACCCCGGGGGAGCAUAAAAGGAGCAUUAAAAGUGCCAGUCAGUGUGACCGCGAUACCCCCAGCAGGCUGGGCAGCUGCCGCAGGGGACCGUUUCUUUUUUCCUUUCCCAGGAGCUGGUCCAGUUUCUUACUGGGUGGAAGUCAGUCAGUGAAAAGCUGCACAAGGGCAGAAACAGGACUGAGCCCCCAAGGAGACGAGCACGAGGCAGCAGCACUGGAUGUGCCACAAACAGGCACUCUUUACUCAGGUCAGGUACUGGGGGGGGGGCUUCCCGACACCCUUGCUCUGUGCAAGGCCCUUGCAUUCGUCUCGAGAAUGAACCACUAGUGCAGACGCAAGAAGCAGCAGGUUAAAUGCGAGCAGAUGGACCCUGCCACUCUCAGGAAGGCUUCGGAGUGCUGUAGGUUAAGAGCUCAAGCAGCAGGCGUGGGGGUCAGCGUGCUGAGCCAGCUGUGCCUCUGCCAAGCUCUUGCUAAAGCCUGCGAUUUGGACGAAAGGAGUUGUUGUCAGAAUUUGCUUGGGAGCAGAAGAGGUUUAAUUUUAUUUAGCUUCCAGAGUUCGGGAGCUGGCACACAGCUCGGGCAGCCCUCGCUCCCCAGCAGAGUGCUGCAGUGGGGCAGGUGCCCCCUGCCCUCUCUGGAAGGGGAACGUGUGGAGCCGCCGAGAGUCCUCUGGAAACCUCCCCUGGCAAAAUUCCUCUCACGGGGACAGAAGUUUCACUUUGUCUGCAGUCUCUUUGGUUAGGGAGAUGCACUGUUGCGGACUCAGACUUGGCCUCUGUGUAACAGCCACAUUCACUUUGUUGCCAGAGUCUUUAUUUUGGUUGCUUUGUCUCCUCCUGGCCUUACUUUUCCAGCUGCUGUUUGCCUGGAGCAGGCAGCUUUUUCAGGUGGUCGUGAAUUUCAGGACGUUGCGUUUCAGGACAGCGUGAGCGUGUGGGGGUGUGUGCAUGCGUGUAUGUGUUGGGAAGGGGUGGACCCUUCCUGCUGUUUCUAACGAAGUCCAGAGCCUCAUUUGUACAGUGUCUGCAGCUUCCCAGCCUGGAUCCCUCGUGCUGCUGCACGCCCUGCCUCAGGCCCGGAGGGAGCACAGUUUGCCGGGCCGCUCGGGCCUUGCUGGGUCCUGGCAGAAAGGAAAGCCACGCACAGCCUCCUGCUCUGGGACAGGAUUAAAAACCAGCCACCUUCCCCCCUUCCUCUGUCACUGCUCACUAACAAAACCAAACUCAGAGGCUGCCGGUAGCUCCGCUGGCCUGCCUCCCCCCUCGUCCCCUUCCUGGGGCGCUGGCGGCUCUCACCCUGCGCUCUGGCCCCUCCGCGCUGCACGGCCGUGUUGGGGCCUCGCUGCACGAGUCAGCUCGCAGCAGCCGCUUGGUGUGAGGCUGACGUACCCUGCCUCGUCCUCUGCCUUGCCUUGGUCCGUCUAGCGGGGAUUUGCAUCCGUGUCCUCGCAGGGAAGGUUCCCUGGGCUCUUUGGAAGAGGCCCUGCUACCCGCCGCGUGUUCGCAUUUCAAGCAGACCCAGAAAAUACUUGGCAACGUUCAGCC